GAAAAGGGAGUGAUGGUGAUGAAUGUAAAAAAUCAAACUUAUAAAGAACAAGCCCAACAUUCUUCCUGCACAAUUGUUUUGUAUGAUCUGAAGCGACCAUAGAGUCAGUGGUCACAGCUGGAGAUGUACACAAGAAGCAGAACUCUCCUAGGAUCAUUAUUGCUGGUCAUUGUAGUGUUCCAUGACAUUAAUGGGGAAGAAUCAGAGUGCGGGAAUCCUCAGGAUCAGAGUCGGAUUAUGGGUGGCGAGAGCGCGCUGAACGGCGCUUGGCCGUGGCAGGUCAGCCUGAGGUACAACGGAUUCCAUUUCUGUGGUGGAUCCCUCAUCUCUAAAAAAUGGGUCAUCUCUGCAGCUCACUGCUUCAAAAGCUACCGACCAUCUACAGUCUAUGUGUACCUUGGGUCCUACAACUUGGACCAGUCUAGUUCCCAGGAGGUCGCUAUUAAGGUGAAGACAGCCCUUACAAAUAACAAUUAUAAUGGUGAAGGAACCAGUGGAGAUAUCAGUCUUGUGGAGCUGGAGACAGAAGUUAAUUACACCAAUUAUAUUCUCCCUGUGUGUCUCCCAUCUGCUGGGGUCCUGUUCCCCACAGGAAUGUACUGCUGGGUGACCGGCUGGGGGGACAUUAGGUCUGGGGUCAACCUACCAAGUCCACGAACGCUACAAGAAGUGAAACUUCCGCUGAUUGAUGCGAAUAUAUGUGACAGCCUCUAUCACAUUAAUUCUAAUACCAAUACGAAUGUGAAAAUCAUCUUUGAUGACAUGAUCUGUGCGGGGUACAAAGCUGGGGGAAAAGACUCCUGCCAGGGUGAUUCUGGGGGUCCCCUGGUUUGCUCUGAAGGCGGACGCUGGUAUUUAGCGGGGUUGGUAAGUUUUGGAGAAGGUUGUGGGAAGGUGAACCGUCCCGGGGUGUACAUUCAGCUGGCAGCUUACGCAAACUGGAUUGUAGAAAACGCUCCUGAAGCCUCAGCAGUUAUGCGAGAUGUUAAUAUUACAAGUCCUGUAGACAGGUUGUCUUACCUGAAAAACGGUUCCAGAGCGCCAUCUCUUUGUGUUCCCAUCUACCUCACCACAUGGACGCUGCUUUUGUACAAACUCUUGUAGGCCAUACUAUUAUUUUGUGUAAGUCACAACUGGAGCAGUUCUGGAUCUUUUGCUAUACUCAAUCUACAGUUAAAUUAUAAUGACUUGCAACGUGAACUCUCUUUAACAAGAGUGGAACCUCUAGAAAUGAUACCUUGAAGAUUCAGUGAGAGAAUAUCUGGAGUAGCUAUUAAUAUCAUUGACCUGGUGAAAAAUACUAAAUCCAAUUUAUAUAUCUGGACAUUUUGUAGCACCUGCAAGCUUAAAGGGACAUGAAACCCAACUUUUUUCUUUCAUAAUUCAGAUAGAACAUGCAAUUUUAAACCGCUUUCCAAUUUACUUCUAUCAUCUAAUUUGCUUCAUUCUCUUAAUAUCCUUUCUUAAAUAGCAUAUCUAAAUUGGCUCAGUAGCUGCUGAUUGGUGGCUGCACAUAGAUGCCUUAUGUGAUUGGCUCACCCAUGUGCAAUGCUAAUUCUUCGACAGAGGAUAUCUGAAGAAUGAAGCAAAUUAAGCAAUAGAAGUAAAUUAGAAUGUUGUUUAAAAUUGUAUUCCCUAUCUUAAUCAUGAAAGAAAAAUAUUGGGUUUCAUGUCCCUUUAAGUCUGGAUACUUUUGGGGCAAUAUCAAUAGAACAUGAAGACUGGAACUGGAAAAACACUAAAAUUAUGGUUGUCGCUCUUAUUUAUAGAUGUUUUUGUUUGAUAUCUUCUUAUGUCUAUUCUGCCAAGAACAUCACGUUCCAAAUAGUUCUUCUCAAGAUAAAAUUCAAUUGCUUCUAA